GGGCUAGGCCCCGGGCGGCUCCAGCCCCGGGCGGCCCGCGGAGGGCUGGGCCCAGCCCCCGGCUCCGGUUCCCGGGCCGGUGGGCGGCCGCUCACCAUGCCCGGCAAGCACCAGCACUUCCAGGAACCCGAGGUCGGCUGCUGCGGGAAAUACUUCCUGUUUGGCUUCAACAUCGUCUUCUGGGUGCUGGGAGCCCUGUUCCUGGCCAUUGGUCUCUGGGCCUGGGGUGAGAAGGGUGUUCUCUCCAACAUCUCGGCGCUGACAGAUCUGGGAGGACUUGACCCCGUGUGGCUGUUUGUAGUGGUAGGAGGCGUCAUGUCGGUGCUGGGCUUUGCCGGCUGCAUCGGGGCCCUCCGGGAGAACACCUUCCUGCUCAAGUUUUUCUCCGUGUUCCUUGGCCUCAUCUUCUUCCUGGAGUUGGCAACAGGGAUCCUGGCCUUCGUCUUCAAGGACUGGAUUCGAGACCAGCUCAACCUCUUCAUCAACAACAAUGUCAAGGCCUAUCGGGACGACAUUGACCUCCAGAACCUCAUUGACUUUGCUCAGGAAUACUGGUCUUGCUGCGGAGCCCGAGGGCCCAACGACUGGAACCUCAAUAUCUACUUCAACUGCACUGACGUGAACCCGAGCCGGGAGCGCUGCGGGGUGCCCUUCUCCUGCUGCGUCAGGGACCCUGUGGAAGAUGUCCUCAACACUCAGUGUGGCUACGAUGUUCGGCUCAAACUGGAGCUGGAGCAGCAGGGCUUCAUCCACACCAAAGGCUGCGUGGGCCAGUUUGAAAAGUGGCUGCAGGACAACCUGAUCGUCGUGGCUGGGAUCUUUGUGGGCAUCGCCCUCCUCCAGAUCUUCGGUAUCUGCCUGGCCCAGAACCUCGUGAGUGACAUCAAGGCAGUGAAGGCCAACUGGAUCAAACAUGAUGAUGGCUACAGACUACUCAAAUAAACAAAACCUUGAAAACCACUGGCUUCCGCCCGGCGUCUUGAAGAUUCUGUCAGCUGCAGGUUCUCAGCAGAGCUCUCCAUCUUGGGCCCUGGCCUGGAGCCAUCCACCAAUGUGUUUUCUUGGCCUGGGUAGUAUAUACAUUUGAGCCAACCUUUAAAACUUGGUGUAUUUCACGUAAAAGUCCAGAUCCCCAGCUUCUUGUGAGGAUUGGCCAUCUGGCCACAGCAGCUCUUGGGACAUCGUCUCCUGGGACAUGUGCUUCCUGUUCUCUGAGGGACCCACCUGGCCUGUGCUGCUCACCCCGUAGGCGGGGGUUGGCCUCCCCACUGCUGUAGGGUUUUUCCCUGCAAACACCACGAGGCUGCUGUGGGCUAAGCCUGGGGCGAGGCACCAGGAUGUGAAGAAUGGGGAGGCUGGACCCUGCCCUGAAGAGGCCACACAGCCUAGGAGGAGUCCAGCCACACUGGUGACUGAGAUGGGUGCCCAGGAGAGUGGCUGAGGGGUGGAAUGGAGAUAAGGAAGGUUUGGGGAAGGAAGUAGUUGGAAGUUGAAAACUUGGCACACAUGGGGUUGAGGGGAGCCUGCUUUGGGACCCAUGGUGGUUGACGCAGGGGCUCACUUGGAAUCAAAUCGAAAAUCUUCAUGGAGGCCUGCAGAGCUGCCUCAUGGCCACCAGAGGGCGCACCAGCAAGCUUUGCCUGGGUCUGGCUGCUUCAUCCACAACCUCACUCUGGUACAGCCAAGUGCCUGGUGUGUCCACCCAGCUUACCAGUGCUUUGGGUUCAAGGAAUUUGAGAACUUCGAAAGGAGCAACCGGCUCAGACUUGGGAAGUCUGCCUCUUAGCUGCAUGAAGGGGUGUGUGUGGAGUGAAUGCCGUACCCAUCCCUAGGGUGCCCUUUGUGGAUAAAAGGAGGGAUUUGGGCUGGUUCACAGAUCUCCUACUCAGAUGCUCUUACGGUUGUAUAAAUGAAUGAAGGAGGCCUUUGACUUGUGAGGUCUUUGCAGUGCAACUGACUUUCCUACUGUUCCUGAAGACUACACAGACAUUGCUCUAUGACGAAAAAUAUUUGGACCAUCAAGUUGAUAAUGGCAGCUGACCUUGAGGUACAAUAGAGUGGUGGGGACUGGCAAAGCACAGGUCCCCAUCUGAAGUUGGUGGCUGUCAUUUAGUUGUAGCUAAUUGCUAUAAAGUGGGAAUGCAGGUCUAAUGUCAGAAAUCUGGAGAAGCCAGAAAUCCAGGCUUUUAUGUGAAAUAUCCCUAUUUUUAAGGUGUUGACAACUAAUGAAAAAAAAAAUGCUGCAAGCCCAACAAAAGAGGAGGGAGCCAGCUUUGGCCCCUGUGUCGCUACAGUUCCCUCUGGGAUAAUCACCCAUUGGGGUCCUGACUGCUGUGCCAUUCAGGGGUGCUGGGAGCUGCUGCCAGGAGGGGAGGGUGUGGGGUAUGCACCCAGCGUUGUAGCUCCCAGACACAGGCUGGACAGUGCCCUGGGGUCCCUGACAGGUACCAGUGCACUACAAUAAAUGCAGCUCACGAUAUUG